CCAUAAGUAUUUUUUAAAAUGUAACAACAGUACAUCUAAACCAUAGAUUGUUAAAAAUAAAUCUAAACCUAAACAGACGCAAAACGGAAGUGACGGUAUGAUGCCGUGACACAUUUCCCUGUUCUUGUAAAAAGCGCUCUGAUUUCAAGACUGCUAAGCUGCGAGCAUAUUUCCAAAAUCAUGCACCUAUACUUUUGUGGAAGCAUCCGGGGAGGGAGACAGGACGUGAAUAUUUACCAGAGAAUAGUGAAGCAGUUGCAGAAGUAUGGGGAAGUUUUAACGGAACAUGUCAGCUAUGAUAGUUUGUCUGAAAAAGGUGAGGACCCAGUUUUGGAUGGAGACAAAGCAAUUCAUGAUCGAGAUAUGGAGUGGCUUAUGAUGUCUGAUGUGAUAGUGGCAGAGGUGACACAACCAUCUUUGGGAGUGGGUUAUGAACUUGGCCAAGCUAUGGCCAUGAAAAAGAGGGUUCUCUGCCUAUUUAGACCUUCUUCUGGAAGAGUUCUGUCUGCCAUGAUAAGAGGAGCGAGUGGUGCUUCAACAAACUCACUCUUUCAAGUGCAGGACUACACAGAGGAUGAAGUUGAGGGUAUCUUGGAGAAAUAUUUUGAUGGUCUCACCAAAAACUGAGCACAUUUUACUGUCACAUGUCAUAUAUGUCAGCAUCUCUCUAUUAAUGUAACUAAAGACAGAAUAAUUUGUCAGCCAUAAUUAGGUUGUAAUUCACGUUUGUACUGUUUAAAUUUGACAAUAUUAUUUUUAUACGAUGUGAGCAUCUUCAUGUUAAUGAAUCACUUUUUUAC